AUGUUUAAAGGAAGUAGCAAACGACUUGCGUCACAGCCCUUCAUAGCUCCAAAAUGCGCCCAACGACCAAUCUUCUCUUCCCCACGAUGCCGCCCCUACUCUACCACUGAACCUCCAAAAACACCGAAGCGAUCUCUUCUACCACCAGGCUCAGGCCCCUAUGUUGCUGUAGCAGGGGUGACUGCUGCUCUGUCCCUGGGGUAUUUUUACACAAGGGACAGACGGGAGAAUCAGGAUGAAACAUCAAGAUUUUUCCGGCCAAAAGUCAUCCUCCAGGAGGCCAAACCCGACAAGAAUCUAUCAACAGAAGCAAACAGAGAGUCACUCAGCCCACAACAUGUCCAGGUAAAAAGGAGUUGGGAGCGUCCGGGGUUGUACGCUUGGGGAUCAAACGCAGGAUCGGUUGCGAACCCGGACUCGAAUGAAUAUGUCAUCAAGGCUCCAAGAAGGAUACCAUAUUUUGAUGGCAUGGUUCUUCGUGAUGUCAAACUCGAUCAAAAUUUUGGCGCUGCAAUUUCAGAAAAUGGAGAUUUGAUCCAAUGGGGCAAAGGCUAUUCAAGGACUGAUUACAAACCAACCAAGACUCUCAAAGGCAAAGACCUUGUGUCCUUGUGCAUUUCAGUAGACCGGAUCAUUGCGUUGUCGUCAAAUGGAAAUGUUUAUUCACUCCCUGUAUCAAAAUCUGAGCAGGAGAAUGGCCGAAAACCUUACGAAAGCUCCUGGAUUCCCUUUUGGAGAACGCAGGCUGAGCUGAGUUACCGCCCGCUUCAACCACAACUUGGGUUGGGUGAAAGGGUGAUCGCAAUCAGUGGAGGACUGGAACAUGCACUUUUGUUGACGAAUUCUGGUCGCGUCUUUUCUGCUGCUGUUGGCUCAGAACAUUUCCCUUCGCGUGGUCAGCUUGGUAUUCCAGGGCUGACGUGGAACAAUCGACCCAAGGGGCCAUAUGACCUAUGCCACGAAGUUAGCACGCUACGUGGAAUAUAUAUUACCAAUAUCGCAGCUGGCGAUUGCCAUUCUUUGGUACUUGAUAAAGCUGGGCGGGUCUUCGUAUUUGGUGAUAAUGUCUCCGGUCAGUUAGGUUUGGAUACAAAUAUCCUAACUCCAUUCAACGAUACACCAGAAAUUCUUCCCCUGGAGCAUCUUUAUCCAGCCAGCGCCUAUCAGAUAAAAGCAACAGGAAUUGCCGCUGGGGGCACAAACAGCUUUUUCAUCGUUAGCGCUAAGAGAGUUCUUAGUUCCCUGGAGAUUCCAACCGCUGUUACGGAUCUUGGCCGUGUCACUACAGAUGUUUGGAGCUGUGGAAAGGGACUAUAUGGUGUCCUCGGGAAUGGAAAAUGGACCCACAUUCAAAACAAACCCUCAAAAGUGAAGGCUCUAAGUGGCUUAUCUGAAUACAGUGAUACCGCACAGAAGAUCGUGCCCAUUGGUAUACGCCACAUUUCAGUAGGAGCAACCCACGCCGCCGCUGUUCUGGGCAACUUUACCAAUGUUUCAGGAUCGACAAAUGGCUCCCAAACGGAUACCUACUGGGGUGCGGACGCUUUCUGGUGGGGUGGCAAUGAGUUUUACCAACUAGGCACUGGAAAAAGAAAUAAUAUCGCGUCCCCGACGCACAUAAGCCCUCCAGCUGAUGUUGACAUCCGUGACAACCAACGUGACGAGAAUCGGUUCCAGAUCACUCCUCGCCGUACCAUAAAGUUAGACGGAAGGAAGGUAACUCUGGAGCAGCGAAUUGAGUGCGGAAGAAAUGUUACUGCGGUGUAUUCUGGAGUUUGA